GUAACAAUUUCAUUUAAUAAACAAACAAACACAGAUUUCGUUGACCAAAAAACAAGAAAAGAGGUUGACCAAAGAUAUCUGCAAAUUGUGCAUGGGUACAUAGUGUGUACAGUGUACGUACAAAUACAGUAUCAGUAAUUUGAAAACCUUAUUAUUUUUUAUUUUAAUUAAUUAUAUAUAUGUAUGGUGAGAGGGCUUGAUUUCUUCAUCACUUCAUAACAGUUGGGGGUUUGGGUGAGCUGCAGAGAUAGAGAGAGAAUGACGGCGGCGGAGGCGGCGGCGAAGGUGGCGGACGAAUUGGUGCCUCACCCUGUCAACGAACAGCUUCCCGGCGUCGAUUAUUGCGUUAACAGCAAUCCUUCAUGGGCUGAAGCAAUUGUUCUGGGGUUUCAGCACUAUUUGGUAAUGCUUGGGACAAGUGUGAUUAUUCCCACCAUAAUUGUUCCUUACAUGGGUGGCGGCAAUGUGGAAAAGGCUCAAGUGGUACAAACAUUGCUGUUUGUUUCUGGAGUGAACACAUUGCUUCAAACCUGGUUCGGUACUCGUUUGCCUGUUGUCGUAGGCGGUUCGUUUAGAUUCAUAACUCCAUCUCUGUAUGUUGCAUUUUCACAAAGAUACUAUAUCUAUCUUAACCCUUAUCAGAGGUUUAUAAGGACGAUGAGAGCAAUUCAAGGCGCUCUCAUGGUUGCCUCUGUACUGCCUAUGCUGCUUGGUUUUCUUGGAAUUUGGAGAAUUGUUGUGAGGUUCAUCAGCCCUCUUUCGGCUGUGCCGCUUGUAACUCUCGUCGGACUUGGCCUCUAUGAACAGGGUUUUCCACUGCUCGCGGAAUGUGUGGAAAUCGGGCUCCCGGAGCUGAUUAUUCUUAUAUUGUUGUCCCAGUUUAUCCCUCAUAUGUGGAGCAUUAAGCGUCCCAUGUUCGAUCGUUUUGCGGUUCUGUUGUCUGUGGGGAUAGUAUGGGCUUAUGCAGCUCUUCUGACAGUAGCUGGUGCAUACAAAAACAGGCCCUUGAACACGCAGUUGAGUUGCCGUGUUGACCGUUCUGGACUUGUAAGUGGAUCUUCAUGGGUUAGCUUUCCGUAUCCGGUUCAGUGGGGUGCGCCCAGCCUACACGCUGGAGAAGCUUUUGUCAUGAUAGCAGCAGCUUUCGUCGCUUUGAUUGAGUCCACUGGGGCAUUUAUUGCUGCAUCUAGAUACGGGAGUGCUACGCAUGUACCAUCAUCUGUUCUUAGUCGAGGUGUUGGUUGGCUGGGAGUAGGCAUUUUUCUGGACGGUUUAUUCGGUACAGGAAGUGGAUCUACCGUUUCAGUCGAAAAUGUAGGGUUAUUGGCUCUGACACGAGUUGGGAGCCGAAGGGUGAUUCAGAUAUCAGCAGUUUUCAUGCUCUUCUUUUCAAUAUUCGGAAAAUUUGGAGCUAUCGUCGCUUCGAUUCCACUGCCAAUUGUUGGAGCUCUGUAUUGCGUCCUGUUUGCUCUCAUGUCUAGUGCUGGUCUUGGUUUAUUGCAAUAUUGCAACCUAAGCAGUUUCAGAACAAAGUUCAUCAUCGGCUUCUCGUUCUUCAUGGGCCUAUCAGUGCCGAGGUAUUUCACUGACUACGUCCUAACUUCCGGUCACGGCCCCGUUCACACUCGUUCCGUUUGGUUCAACAAAAUGGUGCAAGUGAUAUUUACAUCCCCAGCCACAGUAGCAGGAAUCGUUGCUCUAUUUCUCGAUCUUACUCUCGCUCGAAAGAACGAAUCCACGAGAAAAGACAGCGGGCGACAUUGGUGGGCUAAGUUCAAGUAUUUCGAUAAAGAUCCGAGGAGUGCCGAAUUUUAUUCUCUUCCUUAUGGUCUUUCUAAGUAUUUCCCUUCACUCUAAAUAUAAAUAUUUUGUGUUAUUAUUUGUAAAGAAAGAAACUUGACUCA